AGGCCAUCUAAAACCAAUUUCUCUUCCAAAAUCCAAACCCACACAGCGGCUUAUCCUUCUCUUCCAAAUCCCACAAUUUUUCUCUGUUAUUCUCUCUGCUUUGAGACUCAGUGGACGGCCAUAGUCACCAAGGAAACAGAACACUGUUAAUGGCUUCAAGGACUUUCCUUUGCUUCUACCAUGGGAAAUUCUUGCUACCCUUUACUACAACCAAGUUUAUUCCUGCUUCUAGAAGACCCAUAAAAAGUUUGAGCUUUUCUUCCGUAAGUUGCAGCCUAAACACUCCUCAGCCAACCGUUGAACCGAAAUUUCAAAUGGGUAGCACCCCAAAUGUUGUCAAAAUACUUGAAGAAAGAGGAUUGCUUGAAUCCAUAACCAAUGAAAAUCUCAGGUUGGUUUGUUCAGACCAAACUGCUGGUCCUCUCAAAGUUUAUUGUGGUUUUGACCCAACUGCUGAGAGCUUACACUUGGGUAACCUUUUGGGGCUCAUUGUUCUCUCUUGGUUCCAAAGAUGUGGUCACAGAGCUGUUGCCUUGAUUGGUGGAGCUACUGGUAGAAUUGGUGACCCUUCUGGGAAAAGCCAAGAAAGACCUGAACUUGAUUUGGAAUCAUUGGAAAAAAACAUUGCUGGGAUCAUGGAGAUUGUAAAUAAGAUUCUUAGUAAAAAUGCAAAUUUAGGUUCUGAACAAAACUCUAACUUUGUGAUUUUAAACAAUUAUGAUUGGUGGAAAGAGGUCAGGUUGCUCGAUUUUCUUAAACAAGUCGGUCGAUAUGCGAGGGUGGGGAGUAUGAUGAGUAAGGAGAGUGUUAAAAAGAGGCUGGAAUCUGAACAAGGGAUGAGCUAUACUGAGUUUACUUAUCAGUUGUUGCAAGGUUAUGAUUUUUUAUACCUUUUUAAGAAUGAAGGUGUGAAUGUACAAAUCGGUGGGAGUGAUCAGUGGGGUAAUAUUACUGCUGGGACUGAGUUGAUAAGGAAGAUUUUACAAGCUGAAGGAGCUUAUGGAUUGACAUUUCCACUUUUGUUAAAGAGUGAUGGCACCAAGUUUGGAAAAUCGGAAGACGGUGCAAUUUGGCUUUCACCGUCUAUGUUGUCUCCAUAUAAGUUUUAUCAGUAUUUCUUCUCUGUUCCAGAUGCAGAUGUGGUGAGGUUUCUCAAAAUUCUUACGUUCUUGAAUAUGGAAGAGAUAAAUGAGUUGGAAAGUGCAAUGAAAAAACCUGGCUAUGUGCCAAAUACAGCUCAGCGGAAGCUUGCUGAGGAAAUUACUCGUUUUGUUCAUGGUGAAGAUGGUUUAACUGAGGCUCUUAAGGCAACUGAAGCUUUGAGACCAGGAUCCGAGACGAAAUUGGAUUGGGAAACUAUUGAAGGGAUUGCUGAGGAUGUUCCAUCUCGCUCCUUGCCUUACACCGAAGUGUUGAAUCUUUCGAUUGUUGAUCUUUCUGUCUCGUCUGGUUUGUUUGAGAGCAAAUCAGCUGCACGUCGUCUUUUGAAGCAAGGGGGUAUCUACUUGAACAACAAUAGAGUGGAUAAUGAAAGUAAAAGAAUAGAGGCUGAAGACAUUGUGGAUGGCAAAGUUCUUCUUUUAUCUGCAGGCAAGAAGAACAAAGUGGUUGUAAGAAUAUCUUGAUUGCUUGUAGCAGUGGCUGAUUAUUUCUUAGAAACUGUGUUGCCACAUUCUUGUAUGUUAAACAAAGUUUCGAAUUUAAUGGUAUAUGAACAAAUCAAGGUAAUUUUUUCUUGUUUGUUGUUA